AUGGCCCUUAAUCUCAAAUAUGAUAUACCCAUUUCUAUUCUAGUGAUCAACUUAUCAGUAAUUUUUAUGCAGAUUUCCCUGAGCUUUGGACAGGGUUUUGCACCUGGUUUGGCUACAUGGUAUGGACCUGCUAAUGGCCCUGGAAGUGGAGGAGCUUGCGGAUUUGACACAGAUGUGGGACAACCUCCAUACUCAGGCAUGAUAUCUGCCGGCAAUGCCAAGAUCUUCCUCAAAGGACAUGGCUGUGGUCAGUGUUUUCAGAUGCAAUGCUCAGCUGACCUAUGCUCGGGCAAACCAAUCACUGUAACCAUCACAGAUGAAUGUCCUGGACAUUGUGACGAUGUACCAUUUCAUUUCGACUUGAGUGGACAUGCUUUCGGGGCAAUGGCUAAACCUGGACAAGAAAAUAAUCUCCGCCAACGAGCACUACAAGAAAAAUGA